UUACGGCUUGAACAGCAGACACUACAUCCCGUCUGUAAUGCGCAUUUUGUCCUGGAAUAUAAAUGGGAUCCGUACGCUUCCUCAAUAUCACCCCUGGAAUUCGUUCAAAGACUGCAAUGCCAUCCUAGAAGAACUUCAUGCGGAUAUCAUUUGUUUUCAAGAAAUGAAGUCGUCGCGUUUAGGCCUACCGCGCGACGUCGCGCUACCUCAGAACUUCGCUUCUUUCUUCUCAUUUCCUGUGGUGAAAGGAGGCUAUAGUGGCGUGGCUGUCUACACCGACUCUCGCAAAGUGAUUCCGCUCAAAGCCGAGGAAGGCCUUUCAGGCAAGGUUCAACCAAAGCCACCCUUGACCUCAGAAGAACGCAUUUCGCCGUCCUAUCCCUCCGUAGAUGACAUCCAAGCCUUUCCGGAUGAAGAGGACAAUGUGCCUUCAUCGUUUGAAGCGCUUGAUGCGGAAGGACGUGCACUAGUUGUCGACUUUGGGCUCUUUGUGCUCAUAAACGUGUAUUGUCCCAACGAAACUUCCGACGCUCGGUUGGCAUUCAAGAUGAACUACCAUCUACUAUUACAAGAACGGGUUAGGAGACUCGUGGACGUGGAGCAUCGCGAAGUCAUCGUCGUCGGUGACAUCAAUAUAUGCGCGACGCCGUUGGACCAUUGCGAUGGACAUCUCCCUAGUAACGCCAACACUUUCUGGGAACAUCCUGCGAGGGCAUGGUUUCACAAGUGGCUCGAUCCGAACGGUCCGAUGAUUGAUAUAGUCCGCUCAUUCUGGCCCGGUCGAAAAGGGUUGUAUACUUGUUGGAAUACACGCAUAUCCGCGCGUGAGACAAACUACGGCACUCGCGUUGAUUACAUCCUUGUUACUCGUGGACUCCUGAAGUGGAUAAAACAUGGUGAUAUCCAGCCCUCGCUGAAAGGUUCUGAUCACUGUCCAAUAUACAUUGACCUUCACGAUGAGAUCACCCUCGAUUCCGGCGAGACUCUUGCACUACGCGAUGCCAUGCAACAGGGAAGUUCAAAACGCGAGCUUCCAAGGAUAGCGGCGAAGAACUGGGAAGAGUUUUCUAGGAAGCAGACUCUUUUGUCUAGUUUCUUUGGAAAGAAAGGAGGCACCGCUGCUUUACCGUCCGAUCCGGGGCCCUCGCUUUCUCAGCCCAGCUCGACACCUGAAAGGACUACAUUGCGCUCUGAUACUUUCAAUGGUGGCUCUACACUUCCCGAUCCCGAUUCCGGACCCUCAAACUCUCAGCCGAAAGCGGGCAAGUCGACAGUGCCAGCCGGCACAACGAAGAAACGCAAAUCUUCAGAACCAAACUCCUCUCUAUCCUCAAAAAGGAGGAAAGGCCGAGCCGGCCAACCAAACAUCUCCACCUUCUUUUCAAAAGGAACCACGUCUCGGUCUCCUGAAGAAAAAGACGUAAUCGAUAUUCCCUCCGACCCAGAAGAGGAAUUGACUAUGGACCCUCCACCCAGUGCUUCACAGGACCAGGACCAACUUGAUGCAGACUAUCGCCUGGCGUUGCAGCUUUCAGAAGAAGGACCUGCACCACCGCCAGAGCUGUCAUCAUCUCAGAGCAAGGCCGCUUGGUCAUCCCUUUUCACCCCUAUGCCUCCGCCGAAGUGUCUCGUCCAUGGUGAGCCUGCGAAGAAAUACACUGUCAACAAACCAGGCCCGAAUAAGGGUCGGACGUUUUACCUGUGCUCUAGACCGGUGGGUCCUGGGUACGAUAAGGGCAAAAGCGAACGUCCGAGAGACGAAGUCGACCACCAAUAUCGUUGUAACUAUUUCAAGUGGGCGAGCGAAGUGAAACGCGAUGCCUCGUCCUCAGGAAAGGGCAAUGUCACCGUUACCAUUGUCUAACCUUCCACUGUCUACUGUCUUGGUUUUUUCUUGUUUGUUCGUAUGAUACCUUACCUUUGGACCCUGUUAUUGUUUUCGUUGCAUCUUCGUUCUGUCGCUUUUCGCACACACACUCGCAUCUUGGAUUUUUGCAUGUUAUGAUAUGUAAUAUAUAUAUGUUGGAAUCGGUAUACAGAGAGAUGGGUUCACGUUGUAC